CCUAGAGCCAAGAGAGAUACAUCUGAGACAUAAGCAAAAUUUUGGAUCUCCGAGAUGAAUACCCCAUCUUUUAACCUCAACGUGUCAAGCAGCCUGAAUUACAGAGACUCUCCCAGCACUGCUCUAGCAAAAAACAUGAUCGUCGUGGCUCUUGGCAUCACUAUCAACUAUAUCAAUGGGACAUUGAUCCACACCUUCAGAAAACACGAAAUAUUUUACAUGAACCCUCGCUACGUCCUCUUCAUCCAUCUGGUGGUGAACGAUAUGAUCCAGCUGACUACAUCAAUCAGCUUGUUUGUCUUUAGUUAUGUCUUCUACAAAAUUAAUGCCUCCUUUUGUUGCUUCAUUGUGAUCUUUGCUGUUUUCACCACUGUCAACACACCAUUAAACUUAGCUCUGAUGGCGGUGGAGUGCUACGUCGCCGUUUGUUUCCCACUGCGACACGCUGAACUCUGCACCAUCAAACGAACAUACUUUCUCAUCGGCUGUAUUUGGGUUUUGAGCGCAGCUUCAAUUUUACCAGACAUCUUUAUUAUCCUGGCAACCGAGCCUCUAUGGUUAUUUUACUCCACAAUAUUUUGCUCAAGAGACAAUCUGUUCCGGCACCCGAUACAUUUGCAGAAAAGGGAUGUUUCUCAUAUCAUCUUUUUAUCUGGAGUUUGGUUCACCCUUUUCUUUACCUAUUUCAGAAUCUUUUUUGUUGCUCAUGCUGCUAACUCCGCUGAAAAAAAUGCCAAAAAGGCCAGAAAUACGAUCCUGCUUCAUGGCUUUCAGCUACUUCUGUGUAUGCUAACAUAUGUUGCUCCUUUGGCUCAAAAAUUUCUUAUCUUCAUGGCUCCUGCUUAUUAUCUCCAAAUGCUUUUUCUUUGGUACAUAUUUGUCCAGAUUCUUCCCAGGUUGGUGAGUCCUAUUGUGUAUGGGCUACGGGACAAAACAUUUGAAAAGCAUUUGAGAAAGUAUCUUUUGUGCACUAUUAGAGCAGCCAACAAACUACAUCCGUAAGCAAAGUUUUUUUUGUUGAUCUAGAUAAGCCCAUCCUUUUAAAAAAAAAAAUCAACAUUAAAAAAACAGCUGGGACAGAAAAUCAUUAAUUUUGUCUGGAGGAGUGAUGCUUAUAAAGAAGCUUUCUUUAUGGUUUUAAGCAAUACAAAAAGAGAUUAUUUUGUCAAAAACAGAUAUGAGACCAAAACUAAACAACAUGCAAUGAAUAAAUGUAAUUUUAAUAUUAAAACAAUUUGUAAAUUAAGAUAAAAAAGAUGUUGAAGUCUUAAUGUUACAUGUAUGAAAUAAAAUAUAUUUGAUUCAUUUUCUAAAUCCUCUUGGGGAGCUCAAAUCUUACAUGUGAAUUUCCAUGGUAGUGACUAUGGUGAACAUUUUUAGGUCUAUUACUAUUACUAUUACUAAGACUGAGACUUACUGUUAAAAAUUGAACAUGUUAACAGUCCCAUGUUUCAUGUUGCUGUUAACAAUAGAACAAAAGCCAGUCACAUUCCCCUUUGAAAUACGGAACUAUUGUCCACCUGCUUUCAUUGUACAGUAUAUGACUCUCAGUAAAAAACAGCUUUCUCUCUGAUUCUUUUGCUUCCUUUUCCAUUAGGUGGCAAGACUUUCCCAAGAAACAUGUUUCAAAUAUUUAUAACUUUGUUAUAAAUGUAAUUCUGGUGUCAAUCACUGUAGUUUAAUGUAAUUUUUGAGCCUUAUUAUUUUAAAUCUGACUGCUGAUUACCGUAAUAUAGGUUUGGUAAAGCUAUGAUGUAAAUUAAAAAUAUAUUGAAAUCAAAUUAUCAGCUAUUUGUAUCAUUUUAGUACUAUGUUUUAUGCAAGGCAGGCACAAAUCUAUGGUUAAUAAUAAUAUUCAGACAUGAGA